UAGGGUUAGUCAAACAUGGGAAAAGAAGCCUGAGAAGUUGAAUCGUGUUUUGUUGCGCGCGAUCAACGAAACAUACAGUUCUUUUGUCCAGAGAAAACAUAUGCUGGACUGUGAUCAGGAGAAAGCCCUCCACAAGUGAACAACACUGACUAUCUGAUACCUGGUAAUCAAAUAAGGAGCCACAAUGGCUCCUGUUGAUGAUGUUGUGGCAUGGGGAGAGUCACUCGACCAACUCCUGGAGUGUAAAACAGGCCAGCUGGUGUUUGAGGACUUCUUGAGGACAGAAUACAGCGAGGAGAACCUUUUAUUUUGGCUGGCCUGUGAGGAUUACAGGAAAACAACCAGUCAGACAGAAAUUACGACUGCUGCCAAAAGGAUCUACGCCGAGUUUGUCCAAGUUGAUGCGCCUAGACAGAUAAACAUUGACUGUGUGACGAGAGAAAGCAUCAGGGAAAAUCUCUCCCAGCCGUGGCCAAAUUGCUUCGACAGGGCGCAGGGACUGAUAUAUGGUCUGAUGGAAAACGACUGUUAUCCUCGAUUUCUAAAAUCUGAAAUGUACCAAGCUCUCCUGGAACAGGCUGAACAGCAAUGAAAGUAACGUGAGGAUAAAAGCUUGGCGGACGCCUCUCCGAAUGAUUGAUUCUGCUCUCCGGCCGACGCAUCUGUCAGAGGAAGCAGAAGUGAAAGCUGAUGCAGAGCUGUCGAUAUGAUUACUGACAGGAUCUAAAAGCCAAAUAUGAUGUAAAUAAUGUAUUAAACAGCUCUGAAGUCAA